ACACACAAAAAAGAUGCAGCAAAAGCCCCCCCGCGGAGGCAGACGAUGCUCAGGCCUGAAGUGAAGAAGUUUGUUGUUGCUGUCACAGCGUAAGUGCACGGGCGCAACAAAGCGAGAAACGCACCCAGCACAGAUGGAUUUGAACUAUUUGAAUUGACAGUCGACGCGGUGUCAGAAAGGCGUUAAAUGUUUCGAAAAUAUAAGUUACCGUCCUGACAAAAUGACCCGUUUGCACUGCGGGCUUCACGCUUUCGGACAAAGAGCGUCUUCCAUUCACUUCUUCAUCGCGGUCCUGGUGGUCCUGGAAAACUGCAAAACUUUGGGAUUGGGAUUAUCACAUGAACCAGAAAGAUUUCAGGAUGACUUCCCUUUGUACGAGGUGGUUCACCCUACGAGAGUGGAUGCCAAAGGUCACUUCCUGUCCAAUUUCCUGUCUCACCAUGCUCGCCGUUUACAGCGCAGGGAAGCCUCAGUGGAACCAGCAGGACUAGAUCGCAUCUUCUACCAGUUUUGGCACGGCGGCCACAACUUGCACUUCAACCUCACUCUGAAUCCUCACCUGCUGGCUCCAGGCUUCAUGACUGAGAGGAGGUUUGGUGGCCUGAAGGGGGCAUGGAUCAAACCUGCUGGAUCCUCCCACUGUCAUUUCUUGGGUGAAGUGUGGGAUGAUGCCAUUGUGAAAGGGAGCGCAGCUAUAAGUACCUGUGAUGGCCUGACGGGACUCUUCAAGUUGUCUGAUGAAGAGUUCUUUAUUCAGCCUCUGGAGACAUCAAGUGAUGAAACAUCAGCACCACAGGCCCAUGCCAUCUACAAACGGCAUGUGUCUCCUUCCUCCUGGAGCCCAGUCAUACAGCCCAUCUCAGGGAAACGACCUUUCAACGGUACCUGUGGAAUCAAAGAUUAUCAUCAAAGCUUUAAAGACAUUGAGAGACAGCGGGAGCGUUGGGAGCGCAGGCAGCAGAGGAGGAGGAGAAGAAUUCGUCAACGCUCUGUCAGCAAAGAGAAAUGGGUGGAAACGCUGGUGGUGGCUGACCCCAAAAUGGUGGACUAUCAUGGGAGCAAAGCUGUGGAAAGCUACAUACUUGCUGUCAUGAAUAUUGUUGCAGGUCUCUACAGAGACGCCAGUAUUGGGAAUGCAAUCAACAUCGUGGUUGUUCGACUCAUCCUGCUGGAGAAGGACGAGGAUGACUUGAAGAUUACACACCACGCUGACAACAGCUUAAACAGCUUCUGUAAGUGGCAAAAGAAACUCAACAUGAAAGGGGACGAGCACCCGCUUCACCACGAUGUCGCUGUUCUGCUCACCAGGAAGGACAUCUGCGCAUCCGUCAACACACCUUGUGAAACCCUGGGUCUGUCACAUGUGGCGGGAAUGUGUCAGCCACAUCGCAGUUGCAGCAUUAACGAGGACACGGGCCUCCCACUGGCUUUCACUGUAGCACACGAGCUAGGACACAAUUUUGGGAUUCAGCAUGAUGGCAGCGGUAAUGACUGUGAACCCGUUGGGAAACGACCUUUCGUCAUGUCUCCACAGCUCCUGUACGGCACCUCUUUGCCCAGGUGGUCACGCUGCAGUCGCCAAUACAUCACCCGCUUCCUAGACCGUGGCUGGGGCUGGUGCCUCGAUGAUGCCCCGGUGAAGGAUAGGUUGUCUCUAUCGACGGUGCUUCCUGGCGUUCUGUACAGUGCUGUCCAUCAGUGUCGGCUCCAGUAUGGAUCAGGAUCCCUGCUCUGUGAUGACAUGGAUAAUGUAUGCAGCACUCUGUGGUGCACUGUGGGAAAAACCUGCCACUCAAAGCUGGAUGGGGCUGUGGAUGGAACAAGUUGUGGGGAGGACAAAUGGUGCUUUGGUGGGCAGUGCGUUGCAGUUGGAUAUUACCCUGAGAUUAUAAAUGGCGGCUGGGCGUCCUGGAGCCCGUGGUCAGCCUGUUCGAGGACCUGUGGUGUUGGUGUCCAGAGCGCUGAAAGAGAGUGUGAUAACCCAGUUCCUAGGUACAGAGGGAAGUAUUGUCUGGGAGAGCGACAGAGGUACAAGAUCUGUAACACUGCACCUUGUCUUCAUCACCUGCCCACGUUCAGGGACAUCCAGUGUAGUCACUUCAACAGUCAGCCAUACAAGGGCAAGUUCUACAAGUGGGAGGCAGUCAUCAACACGGUGAACCCCUGUGAGCUGCACUGCCGUCCACUGAAUGAAAACUUUUCUGAGAAGAUGCGCGAUGCUGUCAUUGAUGGGACACCUUGUUAUGAAGGCAACAAAAAGCGAGAUAUAUGCAUCAACAGCAUUUGUAAGAAUAUAGGCUGUGAUUACGUGAUUGACUCCACUGCUGUAGAGGAUCGCUGUGGAGUGUGCAAUGGUAACGGCUCCACCUGUACAACUGUGAGGAAAACAUUUGAAGAGAGUGAAGGGCUGGGCUAUGUAGACAUUGGACUGAUCCCAGAGGGAGCCUGGGACAUUCACAUUGAGGAGUUGGGUGAAGCUAGAAAUUUCUUGGCACUCCGAAGUGACAAUCCCAGCAAGUAUUUCCUGAAUGGUGGCUGGACGAUCCAGUGGAAUGGAGAAUACAAAGCAGCUGGAACAGUAUUCACCUACGAGAGGACCGGACAGCUUGAAAACCUGACGUCUCCAGGGCCCACUACAGAGCUUCUGUGGAUUCAGCUUCUCUUUCAGGAGGCCAAUCCAGGAGUGAGGUACGAGUACACCAUCAGUCAAAAUGUCUCAGAAAAGAACAACACCCCGCUGUCAGUUUUCUACUGGAAAUACGGUUCGUGGACUGAAUGCAGCGUUACUUGCGGAACAGGUGUUCAGAGGCAGAUUAUCCACUGUGUGGAAAAGACAACCGGGAUAGUUGAGGAGCACUUCUGUGACCAGUUAACCCGACUUGACCUCAACCAAACCAGCUGUAAUAAGGAUCCUUGUCCAGCCAUAUGGUGGGUUGGGGACUGGCAGAAAUGCUCAGCGAGCUGUGGGAGCUCAGGCCAAACUAAAAGGACAGUUCUUUGCAUUCAAGCAUUAAGUGUGGAGGAGCAGAAAGCCCUGGAGCCCAGUAACUGUGAACACAUCCCCAAACCUGAGUCACUAUCCUCCUGCAACACACACAUCCCCUGCCCAGCAGACUGGACCACUGGCAGCUGGUCAAAGUGUUCACUGUCUUGUGGAAGUGGAGUACGUCACCGUAAUGUUACCUGCUCUAGAAACACAAGGGUUGAUUGUGACCCCCAAAAGAAACCUUUAGCUGUCAGUACCUGCUACAUCCAGAAAUGUCCACAGAUUGUCGAUAAUUUUGGAGGUUUUGACUGGUCUGGAAGUGGCUGGUCCAGCAAAGAAGUGCUUAAUGAAAUAAACCCCAUACCCGAAGUCAAACCUCCUCCCAAGUACAGCACCACCAGAGAGCAGCCAAGAGUUCAUAAUGACCUUAAUGACAUCGUUGAGGGAGAUUUCCACUACCACAACAACAUUGAAAAUACCGAUCACUCUCAGGACAACUAUGUCCCGGUGGAUGAUUUUUACUAUGACUAUAACUUUAUCAACUUCCAUGAAGACUUGUCAGAUGACUUUGAGAGCAAUGGAAACAAUUCAGUCAGUCACGGUUUGAGUGUUUCGCAGGAGGUCGAGCCAACCCACAGUGUGAAAGAAGAUGCUCACAUAGAAAUUGCAGCCACUCCCACAGCUACUUCAGCCGUUCCAAAGCCCACUGCCUACACUUUGGAAACCGAAAAUCCUCAGAACACAAAAGUGAACAUAAAGGACAGUAAAAAUGCAGCGGCAAAAGAGGUUUCGCAAACAAAUUCUGAAAACUUGGAUGACUAUCUUUCUGAGGAUUUUCUUCUGCCUGUGUCGACCACUCACUCUCCACUAUUGUCUACAACUCAGCAAUCAAAACCAGCGGCAGAGAAGCAUGGCAUUCUGUGGCAGCCUGAAAACAUUAGUGCAGUGCCUAGUCUGGGUUCCACUACAAAGCAGCCUUUACAGGAUGUGAAAUGGGGGCAAUAUGCAGAGGAGGCUGAAAAUAACUAUGACAGCUUCAGUGAGGAGGAAAAUCACACUGAGGAUGUCACUAUGACUCCAAAGCAGACUGUUUCUACUCCGAGACAACAAACAGGUAUCAGUACUCCUGACUCUACUGUUGAAGGGGCUCAGGAAACAAAGGAAUAUGAUAAUUAUGACUAUAUCUCUGCAGACCACGAGGAUGUCGAGAGUCCAGAACCUUCAGGCCCCCCCACAUCAGAAACUACAAUUCAGAUUAAGACUGAAGUUCCUCUGGAUGAAAAUACUGCAGAAAUACCUCAACCCAGUGGGUCAACAUUAUUUUCAAAUGUCUUCACAAUGGAGGAUGUCAACACGGAUCAGACUAAUUUUGAUACAUUAUACGCCACUACCGAGAAUUAUUCACGGGAUACCGACAGAGACCUCAGCACAACCUCACUUCCUGCCUCUGAGAAAUCCAUUCCUCCCCCUGUUUCCUCUCUGCUAAUCUCAGGUAACCAAGAGGCCUCCACAUCAUUAACUGGAACAGCAAUCAUACCUCCUACUCCGUUUUCUCCAGCUGAUUUCCCAACGCAUACGAUGAAACCGAUUCCGUCAAAGCCAGAGUUCACUAAAACAACUGGAACGUAUCCCAUAUCUCAAGCUCCGUUGUUUGAUGUAGCGAAUUAUGACUACAACGAAAUAGCCUUUCCACCUGUGGUGAGGAGCGGCAUUAACAGUGAUCCUGGCUCUUCAUACCAGGUUUCAACAAGCUCAGGAGCCACUCCUCAACACAGUACAACAUCAGCACAAGACUCGGAGUCGCCCACACCUGCUGUGCCCUUUUUGCCAACCCUUCCAGCUGUCCUAACAUCUGUCCAAACUUACGUCCACACACAAAACACUGCAGCUGCCUACUGGAUUGCUGGCAACUGGAGUGCUUGCUCCACCACCUGUGGACUCGGUGCUAUCUGGAGAACUUUGACUUGCAGUACUGGAUCACAGUCGGACUGUGAUCCCGCAAAGAGGCCCGCACCUGCCCAGAGGUGUUACCUGCGCCCAUGCUCUACAUGGAAAAUUGGGGAAUGGAGUAAGUGCUCCAAGAAUUGUGAAGGUGGCAUUAAACUGCGGGAGGUUCAGUGCUUUGACCUGAGGGACCAAAGACCCCUUCGACCUUUCCACUGCCGAGCCAUGUCCUCCAGGCCCCAAACAACGAUGCCCUGUAACCUUCAGCCAUGUCUUGAAUGGUACACCUCCUCCUGGGGUCAGUGCUCUGAGGUGUGCGGAGGAGGUCAGCAGCAGCGUAUCGUCACCUGUCCAGAGGAGGAUCAAUGCGACAGAGACCACGAGCCCAGCACCAUCCAGUCAUGUAAUAGCCAUCCUUGUGCUCAGUGGCUUACCGGAUCAUGGGGACAGUGUUCAGCUUCUUGCGGAGUUGGAGUGCAGCAUCGACUUAUUAAAUGUGUUGACACCAGGGCCGAGACAGAUGGAGAAGUUGAUCAAGCUCAAUGUCACCAGGAGCCACCGCCUGAGAGCACCCGAAAGUGUAACACGCAAGAGUGUGAGAGCGUACAGCCUGGCACAGUCUGUCUCCACGAUCGGCUGACAUUUCGUUUCUGUCAGACACUUCGGUGGCUCGGCCGUUGCCACCUCCCCAACGUACAAGCACAGUGCUGUAAAUCCUGCAGCCAGCGCUCCCACUCCAGCACGUCUCGCAGCUAAGGUGCAGCAGACUAACCGCUCACAAGCACACUGAUUGUACCACUGAGUGAUGUAAUCUAAUCAUCAUUAAAAGUCAACAAUCUGAGCCCUUUUUCUGAACUACGGACUGGUUAUGACUCUUAUACACACCUUGACUCUGCAUGUUUGUGCUGAUGAAAUUAAUGGGAAAUGGAACAAGCAAAGCAGCGAGAUUGUAAAUAUUUGUUUGCUGCACAUUUCUUUGUUACAUUACACAUGGGAGUAUCCAAUCAAUGUAGCCAGCAGUAUGAUGCAUUUUUAGAUAUAGACAAACCACUCAUUUAUUGUAUCUUUAUGACUGGUACAGAGCUUUAAUUUUUUGGACAGCAACAGAGACUGUACACGUUAGAACCGACAGGAUAUAGCUCUCACUGUGGUUUUACGUACAGCAUGAAGUGGUACAGAUGUCAUAAAGAAAAAAAAUAAGUGGUGCAUAUUUGCUAAGUAACAAAUAACUGACUGUUUGCAGAGCCCUGUCCCUUAAAGUGUGAUUUCAGUUUAUUUUAACCAGCUAUAUUUCUAAUUAUUGUGGGUGUUUUGGCUCUCAGGUUUAGACAUGCUAUAAAUAUGCUCUCCUACCAAUGCAGGCUGUUAAAAAUUCUGAAAUAUUUUCAUUCUUUUCAAAUCCUACACCUUUAACAUUUAUCGUGUCUUAUGAAGGCCACCGUUGUUUAGUGACCACAGCCCCACUCUCUGCAUUUAUCUUGCAACUGGUAGUUUUGGUUGCAUCACAGAGCUACCUUUACAAAGUUGUUGUUCCUGACCCCUCAAAGUUUACAAAGCCUAAAAACCUGCCUCACUCUGCUGCAUUUGUUUGUGGUUUUCAGUUAAAUGGAAACAAGAGAAUGGAUAUUAGCCUUCAGUUUUUCUGUGGAUAGGAAGAAGACAAAUAAGUGGGAAAAUCCUGAAGGUCAUGAACAAAGAUGGCUUACCAAAGACCUGUGCUUGUGUUUUUGGCACUUCUCUUCUGAAGCAUGAUGAAUUUAGAUGAUUAAGAGAGUUUACUGAAAACAGAAUGUGUCUAAACACCUUUGAAAAGCACUUAAAAUCAAGAUUAAAAAAAUGUCAAAGACUGGUAACAUUAAAUGCUCUCCUUAUAAGCAAUAAACCAUUCAUUAUAGCAGUUGCUGCCUUUGAUAAAAAGCCCACAGACAUGACCCUGAUGACAGAGGAACUCAACACAUCUGCCAGUAUAUUCAGAUCAGCCGUUCAUAAGUGUUCAGUGUUGUCCAGAAAAGAGUGAAGGAGCCACUCUUUUGGAUGUAGACAUAUUGAAUGUGGCUGUGUUAGGAGAUGUGUGCAACCCAGUAACGUUUACACAUGUGAACAUGAAAAAUGAUUUCAAUAAAAAGUUAAAGGUAGUCUCUGAAAUUGUAUUUAUAAUGACCUUUACCAAAAAAAAAAAGAGAAGAAUGCUCUUCCUCUGUCAGCACAGAGAAACAGUCGCUGCACUGACUUGCAAGCGCCAUUUGUAGUUAUUUCAUGUUUUAUUUUGAAAAGUCUCAAAGGGAUAUCGAGCCUUUAUUGUGAAAUUUUUUUGGAAAAUAAAUAAACGGAUGGCGGAGUGACACGAUGGUUUUACCGUCGUUGUUGCUGACAAACCAACGCGUAAAAGAGUCUCUUGUCCAUCCAGAGUCUAGAGAACUCUAAGAAGAAAUUACACUACACCAACAAACUUACAGCUUUUGAAUAUCAGAUUGAAAUAGCUUGUUAAUGCUAAUAAGAUAAGCUAUACAUGGCUUUAUUUAAUUAGCACCCUGCCCACACGAAGUCUGUGCUCGAAUUUUGUUAAGCUAAAUUCGAGAAUUUUAUUUGUAUGUUAUCCAAUCUAUGGAUACACUAUGUUAAUCGAGUUAGCUAGAUUUUACCUGCAAACAUAGCGUUUCUACUGUUCAAAUAGGGUUAGGUUUUAUGCUGUGAUUAUUAUACUGUAAUCGCUUCGAGGGACAGUUUAAGCAAACAGUUAUUUGGACUGCUACAUGUCUACUGCAGCCUGUAAGAACCCUUUUGUUGUUGUGACUUUGUCACAGUUUGGCUUUACUUUUACUUUGUGGCUUUAAAGUCACAAAGUAAAAUGUAAAUUUCAAAAGGAAAAGCUGCAGUCAAUACUUGGUGCUCGAGGCCACAUAGGCAACAAACAUAUUGUGUCAGGUAUUGGCAGGCCCAGUGCCUUAACUUCUUAAGUACUGGAUCAUUUGAUGUCAUUAAUAUUAUUAAACUCUUGAUUAAAAUAAUAGUCAAAUGGAGGGAAAUUAAGAUAACAUAGCACAUCAUAAUACAAUAGAUUCGGAAGGAUAAAUUAGUGGAAGAAUCAGUAAUAUGUGGUAUUUUGUACUUUUCUAGGUGUUUAAUAAUUGCCAUGUUCUGUUAUGAGAAUUCAUGAUAAUUACAUAUUCAUUAAUAACUUUCUUCAGAAAUUGGAAAGCAGCUCAGAUUUCUCAGUUCAGUGCUGUCAUAUAUGGUCUUACAUAUCUAAUGAUUAAAAACCAAUAAGCAAGCUUCUGUAAAGCUAUUAAACGAGGGAUGAUAAGGAGUAAAGGGGAAAAAUCACCACAUAUCUAUAUCCUUUUGUCAAAAAUCACAAUAAAGGACCAAAUUACAUAUGUAUGUAGUGUAGCUGAAAAGAAUUGUAAUACCUAAAAUUCUGUCCAGUGAAUGCCUAGUUUUUAUAUAUUUGUUAUUAUCAAACAUUCAUACGUCAUCAGAAUGUAUGAUGACUUUACAAUUACAGAGGAUUAUUGUGUACUCCUGCCUUUUCGGUUGCUUGUUGCUCUGUUUGACAAGUUUUUAAUUGCACACUACUGUGCAAAUGUCUCGAUCUACCCCUCAUUUCAUUUAAAAUCUGCUUCCAAACACCUAAACGUUCUUGUAGUGUAGUUUGUUUGGAAUGGAACAAAAAAGAAGGAGCUUUGAAUGUCCUUCAAGAAGCCUGGAGAACUAUUCUUAGAAGACCACUUAAAGAAAUGAGAAGGAAGCUUGCCUAAGAGUUCAGUUGAAGAAUAAAGGUGCUCAUACCAAAUAUAAAAUGCAUUAAUUGUACAAGAGUACAGGUACAGACUGGUUUUGCCUUAUAUACUGUAUUUCCAUGUGUUUGCUGCACCUACGUCCUAUUUUCCUAACAAAAUAUAAAGAAAUGAGGCGUUGCUUGAGAAUUUUGCACAGUACUGUAGCAUUAACAUGUAUGCAGUGGCAGAUUUACCAACUUGAUAUCAAGUAAACAUGUAAACGUUUUGGUGUUUUGUGUGACUAUCAACGAGAUUAUUGCUGGACUCACUUGUGGUUCAAAGCAGCAGCUUCUUGGGAAAUGAAAGAACUCGUAAAUUACUUUUGCAGUUACCAAAUUUUGUACUUGUGACACUUUGUAUCCAACUUUGAUAUUUAAUCACAUAUCAAAGCUUGAAAUAAUCAUUUUAUCUGUUGUCCAGGAGCAUGUUGUGCCUUAAACUAUAAUUGCAUUGUUGUUUUCAGUCACUCCAAAGUUGUAAUUCAAGUAUUUUCAAAGCCGAAAAAACAUUUCUUCAUCACAAAAGUGGGCAGAAGAGACACAGUCUGCGUAAAUUGAAGUGUUGGUUGUGCCGUGGCAAGCAUUUUGUUAUUUCACCAAAAUUGAAAACAUCAGUAAGGCCAUUGAAAUACCUCUGAAGGAUGCUGCUGGAUUACACAUGUAAUGAUUUUUCUCCUAACUUUGUAUAGGGAAAAGCCUUUGCCUGGAUCAUGACAAAGAGCCAAGGACUGUGACACCAUGAUAAAUCUAAGAUAUAACCAUGACGAAUGAAGCCUAGAUGGUAAACCUGCCAGGUGGUUAUUGAUGUGUGUAGAAGGGAGCAUGUUUCAUUUUUUACCAAACAGCAGGCUAAUGGAUGAGGACUCUAAAGGUUUGGCAAAUGUAUCUCUGGUUAACCUGUCUGAUUCCAGUAAAGGAUGGGACAAAACCACUAAGCACUGACAUAGAAGCAUUUGGGGCCAAUUAACACCACUGAAACGUUAGGCCUAGAGACCAGGGUUAUUUAUCUCAAAACUCAAAGUAAUGGAUAUUAUGCCUGGCCUACUUUAGGUAGUAUUCGGGCAUGCUAAUGAUAGUUGUUUAUCUUAGAGCAGACAUAGUAUUUAAUUUGUGUUUUUUACAACAUUUUGAUAUGUCAUAAUGGGGAAGGCACAGGUGAACUCAGGUUACACUUGCAUGAAACUCAGACUUUACUAAUAUAUGUUUGAUAUCAGCCUUGCUGUUACCACUAAGACAAAAUGUUCUGUUUUUCACACCUUUGCUCAUUUGUUCUCGUUAGUAGUUCUUCUUAUUUUUGAAGGCAAAAACAAGCCAGUACUUGGACAUGUACAACCUUUAUAUUUAGAGACAAUUUAGAUGAGUAAAGAGCUUUACAUACCUGCCAUGUUUAGUUGCAUAGUUGUUUUUUAUUGUUAUUAUGAUUUUUUUUAGUUUGUUAGUGAUUUAUUCCUGUACUUUGUUUUAUUUUUAAAGAUUCAUCUGUGUACAUUUAAUGAAAUUGUUGGUUUCCAAGCACAAGAUCAACCACUUAUGUUGAAUGGACACAAUGCCACAUGUGUAGUAGUCAUUAAACACGUUCACACUGAAGCAGUCAGAUUGUUAAGUAGCAUCUUUUCACAGCAAUUACACCGUGGUAUAAUUAACUUUAAUGAACUAUUAAAGUUUAGCCCAUACAAUAAAUGUGGAGAAA